UGCCACGAAUUUCCCGAGUCCUCUCUCUGUAUUUCAAUCUUCCUUCUUCUGUACGUGCAUCUCUUGAUUUCAGAAUCUUGAAGUUGAAGGGUAAUAUACAUAGUGUGUGUGGACAGAAAAUUUGGAAAGUGGAGAGUGAGAACAGAUGGCAGCAACGACAAUAACAGCAGGUGGAAUGGAGAGGAAUCCAGCAUUGAUGCCAGAGGCCUCUCUUGCUCCAGUGACUAUAGAACGGAAAGUUAGAACUGAUUUGGAAACUUCUAUUCCUAAGCCUUAUAUGGCUAGAGGAUUGGUCGCUCCGGAUAUGGAGCACCCCAACGGAACUCCUGGCCACAGGCACAACGGCAUGAGUGUUCUUCAGCAGCAUGCAGCCUUCUUCGACCAGGAUGAUGAUGGCAUCAUUUAUCCAUGGGAAACGUACACCGGAUUCCGUCACCUUGGUUUCAACAUGAUUGGUUCGUUUAUAAUGGCCAUUGUCAUCCAUUCUGCUAUGAGUUAUCCUACUCUCCCGGGGUGGUUUCCGUCGCCUUUACUUCCGAUAUAUAUUCAUAAUAUACACAAGUGCAAGCAUGGAAGUGAUUCCGGGACCUACGACAGAGAAGGCAGAUAUCUACCUGUGCACUUUGAAAACAUCUUUAGCAAGUACGCUCGGACCGUGCCGGAUAAGCUUACUCUUGGAGAAUUGUGGGAUAUGACUCAGGCUAAUAGAGAAGUAUUUGAUUUCUUUGGCUGGAUUGCCACCAAAAUGGAGUGGGGAAUUUUGUAUCUCCUUGCUAAAGAUGAAGAUGGUUUCUUAUCUAAAGAAGCAAUAAGACGUUGCUUCGAUGGGAGUUUGUUCGACUAUUGUGCCAAGGUACAAACCGGAGGUGACUACGCGAAGCAAGAAUAGUUUCGAUUGCAUGUGUAGACGUAGUAAUCUGAGAACUAGUCUUGAAACUCGUAUAUUUGCAUACGAUGUUUAAUCGUUUUCUUUAGUUAAGCAACUAUGCAAUGUAUCCAGAAUUAUAUUGCACAACUGUUUUUGAAAUUCCAGUUUGAUAGAUUGGAGAUACCCCUAUAAUUAAAAGGAGACAUUUGUGAUUGUUUCUUUCUUGAA